CGGUGGUCUGUGCUGCUGGUGGGAUGGAGAGUAUUUAACCCGCCUGGGAGAGUUUUUAGCCCCAUCCACCACACGGACUCUGACUCAAGCCAUUCAAGCCUUGAAAGUGAAGCAGAAAUCAGAGGAGGUUCUAAGAUGCCCAACUGGGGAGGAGGCGCUAAGUGUGCAGCCUGUGAGAAGACCGUGUACCAUGCCGAGGAGAUCCAGUGUAACAGCAGGAGUUUCCACAAGACCUGUUUUAUCUGCAUGAGCUGCAGAAAAGGGCUCGACAGCACCACGGUUGCUGCACAUGAAUCUGAGAUUUACUGCAAAUCGUGUUACGGGAAAAAAUACGGACCAAAGGGCUAUGGAUAUGGACAAGGAGCUGGAGCUCUGAGCUCUGAUCCUCCAGGACAGGACGGAGAAGCACAGCCACUAAACUCCAAACCUCGACAAACCUCUUCAAACCCCAACUCCAGCAAGUUCUCCCAGAAGUUUGGUAGCUCAGACCGCUGCCCCCGCUGCUCCAAAGCCGUUUAUGCAGCAGAGAAGGUGAUGGGAGCAGGAAAGGCGUGGCAUAAAACCUGUUUCCGCUGCGCUCUGUGUGGGAAGAGCCUGGAGUCCACCACAGUGACAGACAAGGAUGGAGAGCUGUAUUGUAAAGUUUGCUACGCCAAAAACUUUGGUCCAAAAGGAUUCGGGCUUGGCAACGAGGCCAUGUUGGAGGAGCGUGAAUAAACCUAUGGCUCUGCUGAACCCAUGGCGCCUCAACCCUGAAGAAAGAUGAGCAUUAUCAGCAAUGUUUAAACUCACAAAAUAAAAGCAUUUUGUU